GUGUGGGCGCGGCGUGUGCGGCAGGCUGGGCUGCACCGCAGCGCAUACACUACAAUGGCUGCUGGAAGGACGGGAAAGCAAACAAUUUCCAGGCCCGCCGCGUCCAGCCCGAAAUAUGGGGAAAAAAUUACAGAAAAAUCGGAGAACACUGUAAAGGGUGGAAACGGGGCGCAGAGGGGAUGCUGAGGCUCCCGCGUGCCACAGCAGAGGCUUGAGGCAGCCAGGUAAAAGCCCAGCAGUAAAGGUCAGUAGCCUCACCUAUGCCAUACUGUCCAGCCUGGCCUGGGCUUGCUGGAAGCACUGACUCAUCAGAUGCGAGCAAUACCCAAGAAACAACCACAGGAUCCCGCAGAGACUGGAGGAGGAAGCCGAUCCACACAUAAAAAGCUGCAGCCCGUAUGAAGAGGGGAAUUAUUAGCUAAAAGAUAGCCGUCAGAUUUCAGAAGAUAAAUGAAAGGUGGAUCUGAACCUUGAAAUUGUCAGCUCAGCAGGAGAUUGCAAAGGCAGAGUGGUGAAAGGAGGGUCUCCUGCAGAACUCCCAAGAAGAUUGAAAUGGAUUGUGGAAUUCUGGAAGGGGACAAGAAACGGGCAAUACAAAGGUUUUGUGAUACGAUCAUCCAACAUCAGAGCUAUAGCGGUAGUAGCAAGGCCAUCUUGACUAAAUGUAAGUGACACUUCAUUUAAUGUAAAGUUACAGUAAUCCAUGAAGUUAUUUUCUUUUCAGAUAGAGCAGUGGUUCCUCAAUUGUAAGGCAUCUUGGAGGAUUUGCAGCUUGCAAAUUGCACACUCUUUGUUAGUUUUCAUCUUUUUUUGGGGCUGGGAUAAAUGAAGCAGAGGGGUCAAGGCAGACAUGAUCAAGGUUUUUAUUGAAAUAGCACUAAUAAGUAAUACAUCUAAGGUUAUAUUUAAAAAACAAAACAACAGAAAAAAAACGCUAACAAAAAAAAAACCUGACAGUGCUAAACCUUCUCACAGUUUUCAGCCCCAGGCAAUGUUGUUCAGGACAGGGCUUCAGUGUUCUUUGGACUGCUGCAUAGUUAACACGUGAACUCAAGAUGGGACAAAAGUACAAAAGUACUGGGAAGACCACUUUUCCUCCCAGUUACUUUAUUUAUGUUUGUCGUGAGUUGUCUAUUUGUCCCAAGUGUAAAUUUCCUAACCAUCAUCAUAGGUCUUGUGCUAUUGCUGCCACUUUAUUGUUUAUGUGGCACCAAGAUUUUUCACACUCUUUCUCCCACAGGUUUGUCCCUCUUAUUUGAGCUUGUGUUGGUGAGAUGGGUAUUGCCUUUUUUCUCCUUCCCACCAGGCAAAAAAUUAUGCCACAACAGAGGAUUUCUCCAAGCCCGAGGGAUGAAUCAAUGAUUGGAUUUCUGUAGUCCUAUGUUUUCUUUCCAUGAUUUUUUUUUAAUAGGCUUUGCUAUUUAAAACCUGCCCCUGCCUUCUAGCACCCUGUUAACAUCUCCAGCAGGGCCAGCUCCUUUGUGCUGUCUGCCUAGCAGACCUUCAGGUGAAAUUGCUGAACUCUUCCAUGAGUUUUACGUUUUCAGCUUAAAUGAUGGGCACAGUACAAAGUAGUGUGAGUAGUAGCUGCUUUUUUUUCUGUGCUGUUCCAGUGCUGACUAUCCCUCUCUGGCUAAACUGCACAAGAUUAUAAAUAAUAAACAUGAGUGGAGUUUAUCUUCUGUUCACCAAUAUCCUUGUGAAUUCCACCUUGCAGGCCAAGCUCCAGUAACUUUUUUACGUAACAGAUAACUGAAACUGUUAAAAAUACCAUGUGUUACGUUUCAAGGUACAUGACUGUCUCAAGGAGUAAAGCUUUUAACUUUCUAUCUUAUCUGGUUGUGUUCUGCAGCUUAAUUGUGAUGUUGAAGUUACACAUUCUGGAGUAUGCAGGUUUAGAAAAAAGUUCUGAAAUGUAAGUAUGUAGAACACGGUUUUGGAGGUGGUCCAGGCAGACCUGCAGCAGGCAAACGUGAGAUUUCCAUCAGUUAAUUUUGGUAGAAGCUGUAAUUAAGCGUAGAAUUGACGGUGACCAUGAUUGUCCUGGAAGAGUCAGAGUGAUGUUUUCAAGAGGGAAUGCCCGUAGGUCUUUGCACAGAUGAAUGACAGACUAGAAGGUGGGAUCAAAGGGUAGAAGUGAAAAGAAAAUUCUCUAUUACAGGUGUUUGUCAGUUACGUUCCACAGAGGUCUGUGCUGUUCCUUGCUUUCAUAAAUGAUAUAAGUAAGGGAUGAGCAAGUGGAUUAGCCUGUUUGCUGUGAAGAAGGGAAGCAUCCGUAAAGAACAGUAGGAGGAGAUUGAAAGUUCUGAAGACUGAAACAAAAUGAGAGAUGAAAUUCAAUAUAGAUAAAUGAGGAUAACUGAGGAGCAGAUACAAGAGUUUGAUCUCAUCAUUACCACAGAGGUUUGAGACAUGGGGAUGAUUCUGAGUCAUUGACUCAUUGAUCACCAAAGCACAACUCAAAUGAUAGGAGAUAUUAGGAAAAAGAGAGUAAAAGGGAAAAUGUCAUUAUGAGAGUAUAUAAAUUAGUGAGAACUAUUGGUAUUGGGUGGAUGGCUGGACUGGAUGAUCUUGUGGGUUUUUUCCAACCUUGAUGAUUCUAUGAAAUCCAUGGUCCAGUCGUAUCCUGAGUGCUGUGUUCACUUUUGCUACCUUCAUCUCAGAAUUUAUUAGAACUGGGAGAGGCUCAGAGAAGGAUAAUAGGGAUGAUGAGAUGCAUGGGGUUGCUAUCAAAUGAAGAAUUCUUAUGGAAACUGGGUUUUUGUUUUGGGAAAGCAAUGACUUGAGGACAACAUCCUGAAAAUUUGCAAAAUCAGAUAUCUGCAGAGGAAGGAAGAGGACUGGCCACUACCUUUUAGAACAAGAACAUACCAAGCUAAGAGAGAAGACAACUUCUAAGCCUUUGAAAGUAAGAGCAUCUCCAUAAAAUUGGUAGUGGAGAGACAUGUGAGAUGAUAUCUCCCACUGUUUAGCACCAGUGCAGUGGGUAUUAAAAAUGGAUAUGGUUUCUAAGGGGAGACCGAAAAACUGAAAUAUUGCUUGGAAGGACAACGUACUAAAAGUUGCUAAAUUAACAGAAAUCAUGUUCAGGAAGCUCUUGGCAUCAAGGUAGUUGGAAGUCAGAGGAGUGUUGGUGGGAGAUAUCACAGAUUCUUUACCUAUUUUGGCUAUUUCUAGAGACAGAAUACUGGAGAAGAUGUACCAUUAAUUUGUCUCACACACUUGACUCUCAUGUUAAGAGGUUUGAGUGUCUUGUUUUACUCUUGAGACAAAUUAAAAUAACUACUUAUGGAUAUGAAUUAAUUGUUAAUUGUAUUAGUGUAGGACCUCACAGAUACGCUUUGGAUAUGUGUUUGUGUUUACUUGUACAUAUACAAGAUUUGCUUUUCAUUGGAGUUGAUUGUUAGAAUGGCAUGGUCCUAUAUGGAGAGGAGGUUGGUUACUGCACAAAGUUUGCUUUCAUCAGUUUAAGAAUGAUUGCAGAUUGUUCCUGGUAGGUUCUAGGGCUGUUUUGUGUGUGUGUGUGUUUUGUUUUGUUGUUUUUUUUUUUCAAUUCCAAAAUAUAUAGAGGCACUUUUACAUGUUUUAAACAUUCUGAAACUAAUUACAUCAACAUUGUUUGCAUCACAGCCUUUCCAGAGUUUUUAGAAAAAUGUCUGUGCAGUGUUAUGGAAAUUCUUAAAGCAUAUAAAAACCAUGAGCAUCAGAUGGGUUAUCUCUAGUCAGUUCUUGCUUUCCUUGAUUUAUUAUAUCAGCAGGAAUCCUUUGGAAUAUUUAGUAACCAAAACUGAGCUCUCAAGAUUUAAAGUGGACGUGAGUAAUUUAAAUACAGAGAAACGCUGGGUAGUGCUGUGAUAGUUUUUUGUUGUUGUUGUUUUGAAAUUACAGACUAUUAAGUCAUGAUAAAAUAAACUCAUAAACUGGUAAAAUCGUGUUUUACUUUUCCAGAAACUCAAGGGAAAAAAAAAAAAGGCAAACACAACAGGAUUUUAUGUAAUACUCUUUCUAGUGUUGCAUAGUAUAAGAGUGAGUUAUUUUCUAAAAUUAAAAAGCUGGUUGUUUACAUUUCUUGACUGUGGCACAGCUUUUUAGAGUUGCAACAAGUUUUAUAAUCAAGGAAAAAACUGUUGUAAGUAGCAGUCACAUGGAGAUAAAUACUCAUCUUCCUGUAACUGCCAUUAUUCCAAGCAACUUACGGAGUUUUUCUCUAGAAAGUUUGCUUUAUUAAGUUUAAAACAAUAAUGGAUGCAUUUCUUAAAAGUGCAUAUGCCUAUCAGAUGUUUACUGGUGAGAUCUGUUUGCUUACUGCUAGAGGAAAAAAAUAGGCUGGGACAUUUGUUCUCCUUGCUUAACCAACUUUUUCACUAAUUUGAAAGGAUGUGGAUAUUUUUCUGUAGUCAAUUUCAUGCAAUUUCAGAAAGUUUCUCUGCUUUGUGAAUGUGUUUCAAGGGAAAAAAAAAAUCUCAAAAAGAAUUUGUUAAAGUUCUGAAUUGAUGAAAUAUCUCAAUUUUUAUAUUUUCCUGCCUUUUAUGUCACGCUCUUUGUAGCAUAAUCGUUAUUGCCUGUAUUAGGCGUAUGUGGUAUUAAUGAUAGGACAAGGGGGAAUGGUUUUAAACUCAAGGAGGGGAGAUUUAGAUUAGAUGUCAGGGAAAUUUUUCACUGAGAGGGUGGUGAGGCUCUGGCACAGCUGCCCAGUGAAGCUGUGGUGCCCCAUCCCUGGAAGCAGUCAAGGCCAGGUGGGAUGGGGCCCUGGGCAGCCUGAGCUGGUGCUUGAUCUAGCAGUUGGCAAUAUUCCUUAUGGUAGGGCUGUUAGAACUAAGUGAUCUUUGAGGUCCCUUCCAACCCAAGCCAUUCUGUGAUAGGCAUCAGCAACGUGCUGUCACUGACGGUAGACUAAGGCAGUUGCCUCAUGUUGGUUUCAGUGCUUAUGUUAAUUUGUUAUGUUUUAGCUGUAAGACUGUUUUCCCCCAAGGGUGAAGUCCUGUGCAUUAUUAUUUUAAGUCACUCUUAUGUUUAUACCCAAGAUCACCAGAUAGAUAGUUUCGUUGUUUUGCCCACAUCAUUCCAUUCCCCUGCAGUAGCUUUCCUCCUGCUGCGUGCUUGGAUUUUGUUUUGUCUUCCUGCAGCCUGCGUGUGCUCUUGCUGCCAUGGUCGUUCAGCUAUCCCUGCACAGGGCAGACUAGAAUGUGAAUCCAAACUAAAAGAUUCUUCUGAAAUUGGCUUCCUGAUAAUAAGGGAAAGCCCUGAAUUUCAUGAUAAGACAAAUACAGCCUUGUAUUAAAAACAAAACAAAAACUCAAAACAUCAUUGUUUCUUUUGUGAUUAGUUUGUGUAUGUACACAUGCUUCUCUUACAUGAAAUGCUUAUUUAAAGUUGAGCCAGUGUCUACAUCUUUGAACAUCUAUUUACAGUAUCUCUUAUCCAAAACUGUAAAAGGCCAAGUGGCCACCCACCUCUCAGUGUCAUCUCAUCACCCACUGGGGCCUCCAUGUGUGUUCCUUGGUCUUCUCAUCUCUUUCUUCAGGCUUGUGAGAGAAGAUCAACUUAAAAAACCUAGCCAGUUCUCUGCUAGUGCAAGAUAACAUACCUGUUGGCUCUCUUCCUCUCUCUGCCAUCCUGCACAAUGGCCGAAGGCAGUGCUCUAGGCUUUGAAAUCCGUCCAUCCUGCCGUUUGGCAGUGCCGUGUUUAUAGACAGUCGUGCCAGGUGUCUUCUUUGCUUAGGGGUGAAACGUGUGUGUACAUGUUGUUUGCUGUUCAAAUCUCUUCCAAAUUACACAAUAAAGCAGACAGAAAAUUAAAUGAAGUAUAAUCUUCUGGAACUGCAGACAUGAACCUUUCUGGCCUAGGUAGGCACCCUGCUUAAACCAACUUCUGGUUAUCAAUCUCACAAGAAUGAACUGGGGAGAAUCAGCAUCUUCCUACCCUUUGUCCUUCUAAACACUGGCAGCAAAGGUGAGCAGGCUGUGCUGUUUCCUUUAAGAAGUGACAUGCUGUUCAAAUGAGUGUGUAUCAGAUCACCUGCCAAGAACAAAUAGUGAUGUAGACACCUGCAUCUGUCAGAAGACUGAUUUUAAUUGAAUGCUGAGAAAGACACCCCUGAAGUCAUCCAUUCUUCAGCAUCUUUGCCAGUUAAGCAUGAAUUUUUAUUGUAAGCUUGACCAUUUUCAUUGGUCAACUUUUGCAGCUGAGAUCUUCCCAUAAUGCAAGUUCGCUGUCAGUAGGAGGUAUCUCUGGAAGACUCAGGUUGGAGGCUAGACCUUCUGCAGCUAUUUUGAGGUGUUUCUCCUGCUGCAAAACUGCAACAUUUUUCUACAAAGUCAGAGAGACUGACUACCAUUUGUCCCGCAGUCAGUACAAGCCUGCAGUAGGCAUGGUGGUCCUUGAUGAUCGGGGGAUGCCUAAAGGCUGUAGAUUCCAGCAUGCUUUUGCCUGCCUCUUUCAGCAACUGUCCUAUCAGAGGAGUUGAAAGGAAAAAGGUUUAAAUCCAAAUCUCUGGAAACUGAACUGACUACUGACAGAGCAAAGAAGAUGGGAGCAGCCUAAGUGGUUCUCCUUCUUCGGUUGCCUUAACCCAGUGGUAGAUUUGUUCAUCUUCAGGAGUCCUGAUGACAUUUAUGCAAUUUGGAUUGCCCUAGUUGAUACACAGACCUGGUGAGGAGUUUUCUCAUUCAGUUCUGCUGCACUGAAGUGAAGGUGCUGCCUGUCUGCCAGUUUAGCUCUUCUGUACCAAGGGAUGUGGCUACACUGUCUCUUGAGGCUUCCUCCAGAUCUGCUGCCCUUGCUGUCACUGACUGGUGCUGUCACCCUGGCAGCUUGGUGUGCCAGACUGGGUUUCCUCAGUAUUUUUGCUUCUCUGUAGCUACUUAUUAAUCCCCUGAUAUAAAAAAGACAAAAAAUGGCUACUUACACUACAAUAGGUGUGGUUCUUCCAUACACAUUUUCCACAGGGACACCGAAAGUGAUCUUUUGUCCUUUACUCUGAAAGAAUCUUUACUCCUUGGUGGCAAAUCUGAGAGAGGUUGGACAGGGCCAUCCUUGGUUUUCUCCAUUACUACUCUUAGCAGCAGCAGCAGCUCUUGUCUUUCUUGACUGCACAUGUUCAUCCCCCCUCUCAUCCCAAACUGAGCUGUCAGUCCAUGUUUCAGCUCUCCUGUCCUCACACCGUGCUCCCAGCGAGGCCAUCAGCUUCUGCCCAUGUACUUCCAUCUCACACUAGGUGUAGUAGUGAUAAGAACAGCACAGCUGGGGAGUUCUUUCACUUAUGCUACUCAUGGUAGCAGUCGUGAAGAUUCACAGGCCCAGCCUGGAGGUAUGUCAGUAUCUUCAGAGAACUUGAUCCUGUUCAUUAGAGUACAUGCUCACCUGGGAUCUGCGUGGACAGCCUUUAAAGGAUCACACCAUCCACAGGGUAAAUAACCCCUUUUCAUUUGGUUUACUUAAAGAAAGAUUUAAAACCCAAGAUGACUCUGUAGUACCCUUAAAUCUUUUAUUCUGUCAUUAUCACAACUAGUAUUUUAGGACCCUUGUUCUGCUUCACAACCAUUAAUUUUGAGAAUUGAAACUCUAUGCGCUGUUCUGCAUACAAGGCGCAGUGACCCUUCCUGACAGAUGCUGUGUUGUCAACACUGUGCUCACAUUAUAACCCUAUUUUGAAAGAAAACAACCUUGACGACGAUGAUUUCCUUUAUUUAAAAUAAGAAAUGCAAGCUAGGAGGAGGAUUAUUAGUUGUGUUUGUUUCAUGUCUUCAUCAUCCUUUUAGUUUACAUAUUGCAUUAUAUUUUAAAGCAUUUCUAAGUGCACCUAUUUCUUUGGAUUCUGAAGGAUGACCUGUGAAUUUUGGAAAAAAGAAUGACUUUCUUUUUAUUAUCAAAAGCAGGAAUAAAUUUAGCUUAGUCAUGAGGGGGCUUUUUUUUUCCUUUGACUCAUUAGAUGCUGUUCAUUCAAAUAUAGUCUAACUGGCAAUGAUCUGGAUGCCUUUAAGGUUAGCAAAGGUAAGGCCUGACAGAUAGCAGAAGAUCUGAAUAAUUCUUAGAAUUAUAAUCUGACAAAUUAUAGAAGUUCCCACAUGGAUUUCAGGCAUGCACAUACAGCUGUGCAUUUUGCAGUGUGGUGCUUCUCUGCCUCACGUGGACAAUAACUUAAACUUUAGUAUUGAUUAAAAAAUUGUUCUUAUCUCAUCUGAUUGAAAGCUUAACAACUAUAGGCAGUUACAAGAAGAGUGGUGCAUCUUUGUCCAGUAUUCUGCAUUGGACAUUUUCUAGCACCAGAAGAUUCUGAGGAAGAUAGUCUGAAAAUGAGCAUUGUAGUGGACAGCUUUGGCAUUCUGUGCAUAAGAAAGUCUUUUAGCAGAUUGACUGCUGUAGAGUAUAGAAUUUAAAUAUAUGUAUUUUUUUACAUUUGUUUCUGUCAAAUGUGACAGAAUCUCUUCCUCUUUUGCAUGUAUCUCUCUGAGCUCUUUGAGUAGGCUUUGGUCUUGUAGAAACUGAGAUCCCAGCUAAUUGUAGUAGGUACAGAAUUGCCCACGUCUGGAUUCACUGCAUUGCAAUUGUGCUUUGUUUGUAAGAUAAUGGAUAAGAGUACCUGACUUUCUCCUGCAUUCAGUUCAGCAUUUCAACUACAUUUGGCAUUUACCUUCUUUAUUUACUUGUUCCAGUUGCUCCAGUUUCACAUGCUUUGAUAGUCUUCCCAUGCCUCUGAUGACCUGUCCCUGAAGCCAUCUGCUUUUUGCUAGAGCUCCUUCAGAUGUGCAAAUUCGACACAAUAAUCGUUUAAGAGCUGAGGGGGCAUUAUAUUACUGUAGAUAGAAUUAAAAAAAACAAAAAAACAAACUGGAAAUAGUCUGUAAAUACCAAUAUUGAAUGGACUAAGUCCCUUUGGACAUAGUUCAUUAAAUUUUUAUGUCUGUCUGAAAUGCUGUCUGCUUAUUACAAACUACUGUAGCAGAAACUUUUGGAUAAUGAAGCUCUUCUGCUGUGCAGAGUGGGAGACAUUGAGGUAGGCAUCAUAGGGUAACUAGCUUAUAAUGGUCUUGCUGGGAGACUGCACGAGGAGUCACCAGCAUUUUCUCCCCAGAACGAAGUGGUUUUGAUGAGAGUUGUGUCUGUGCACUUUCUUGUUAGUUAAAAACAAAGCUUUCGAUUUGGGUUUGAGUACUGAACCUGUUUCUACCCCCUACCUGCAUGUAAAAAAGCCCCAGGUAAACUCCUGUUUAGGCUGCCAGAAAGCCUUGGUGGGUUACUGUAAAGCACUUUCACCUUUGAUAGGUUUUCAAACACACUGGUUCUCUCACAUCCAUAGUUACCAGCAGAAGAAGUUGGGGUGGCGCAAGGCUGAACUUGGAACCCAAAAAGAAAACUGUAGUGGAGAGAAUGGAAAAUGGGACAGGAAAAUUGUACAGGGGGCAAUGUUGCGUGAAGCCAUAACUCCUACCAGAUACCUCCAGCCUGAUAUAACACCAAGUGUAUGUGUGCUAUAUGGAGCUUUUCUCUUGCAUACUUAGAUGAGUUGGAGGGGGUAAGCCUAUCCCUUAGAAUGAAGUGCUGAGCGUGUUUCCAUUAUAUUCCUGUAUCAUCCAGGCCUUCUAGCAGGAAAAGGGAGAUGUACUGCAAUUUCAUAAAAGGGUAGAGGCAGGAAAAAGGGAGAUGUAAGGGAAAUUCCAGAAAGUCCCUCUGGAUUUGCUCAGGCACACCUAGACUUGCCCUCUAUUGGGAUUUACCUGUAGCAUGUACAUCAUUAAGAUGCAUUAUUAUUUUUUUAAAUUAAUUUUAUUUUCCUUUGCAGGUCACCUUUUAAGCUGCUAUUUCCUGUAUAAUUAAGCAGAAUGAAGGCAUUAGGUUCUAGUAGAGUUGGGCCUAAUCCAGAAAUCUUCUCUUAUUCAGUCUUUUCUAAACCAGUAAAAAUGGGAAGUACUGGAUUCUGGUUUCCUCCAAGAAGAGUCAGCGGAACUGGUUAAGACCAAAAUCUGAGGACUUUAGUGGGCAAACAUCAGUCCCCUUUUGCUUUCUUUUACGACCACAUGAAACUUGAGAAGCCAUCUAAAGCUAAAUCAUUUAGUGGAGUUGGGCAAUUCCCAAGUGUCCAACAAGAAGGCCUGGUUUAGGCUGCGAUGGCCACUGUCAUUCCUGGUGAUUUGUCAGAAGUAAGAGAUACCCAGAAAGUCCCUUCAGGGAAACGUAAGCGUGGUGAAACCAAACCAAGAAAAAACUUUCCUUGCCAACUGUGUGACAAGGCCUUUAACAGUGUUGAGAAAUUAAAGGUUCACUCAUACUCUCACACAGGAGAGAGGCCCUACAAGUGCACACAACAAGACUGCACCAAGGCCUUUGUUUCUAAGUACAAAUUACUAAGGCAUAUGGCUACUCAUUCUCCUGAGAAAACCCACAAGUGUAAUUAUUGUGAGAAAAUGUUUCACCGAAAAGAUCACCUAAAGAAUCACCUACAUACACACAAUCCCAACAAAGAGGCCUUUAAGUGUGAAGAAUGUGGAAAGAACUACAAUACCAAGCUUGGGUUCAAACGUCACCUGGCUUUGCAUGCUGCAACAAGCGGUGACCUCACCUGUAAGGUAUGUUUGCAGACUUUUGAAAGCACAGGAGUGCUGCUGGAGCACCUAAAAACUCAUGCAGGCAAGUCAUCGGGUGGAGUGAAGGAGAAAAAACACCAGUGUGAACACUGUGAUCGUCGGUUCUACACCCGAAAGGAUGUCCGUAGACACAUGGUAGUGCACACUGGAAGAAAGGACUUCCUCUGUCAGUACUGUGCACAGAGAUUUGGGCGGAAGGAUCACCUAACGCGCCACAUGAAGAAAAGUCACAACCAAGAACUUUUGAAGGUCAAAACAGAGCCAAUGGACCUUCUAGAUCCCUUUACCUGCAACGUUUCUGUGCCUAUCAAGGAUGAGCUGCUUCCAGUGAUGUCGUUACCUUCCAGUGAACUGACAUCAAAGCCAUUUACAAACACUUUGCAAUUAAAUCUCUACAACACUCAGAUUCAGUCCAUGCAGAGUUCUGCAUCCGCGCACCAAAUGGUUGCCACAUCAUUACCAUUGGGGAUGCCUUGUCCAAUAGAUAUGGAGUCUGUCCACCCUUCGCACCAGCUAUCGUUGAAAUAUCCGCUCAGUUCUACCUCAUAUGCAGUUUCUAUGCCUGAAAAAGAACAGCCUUUGAAAGGGGAAAUCGAAAGUUACUUAAUGGAGUUGCAAAGUGGUAUGCCUUCUUCAUCCCAGGAUUCUCAAGCAUCUUCAUCAAAACUAGGGCUGGAUCCACAAGUAGGGCCACUAGAUGAUGGGUCUGGGGAGGUUUCCCUUUCCAAGGGCUCCGUUCCUAUUAGUGAACCUCUAAACACCCCGUCAUUGGACUUUUCUCAGCUGUUCAACUUCAUACCCGUCAAUGGCCCUCCCUAUAAUCCUUCUGUUUCGGUGGGAAACCUUGGAAUGAGUUACACGCAGGAGGAGGCACAUUCUUCUAUGACUCAACUUCCACCACAGACACAGGAUCCACAAGAUCCUAGCAAUAGUAUAGGUCUUGGGUCUCUGCACUCAUUGUCAGCAGCUUUCACGAGCAGUCUAAGCACAACCACCACCCUACCACGAUUUCAUCAAGCUUUCCAAUAGGAUGUACAAAGCUGGCUUGUUACUGUCUAUUUGUAGAAAUGCCUUAGGUGACCAUUUUUAACUUAGUGCCUACUAUAAGACAUUAUCAGUUCUCUGCUUUUGUACAGUACCAAUCUCAUGAAGCCAGUAAGAAAUUUAAAUUAACUUUUUAAAAAUGUUUUGAAAGUGUUUAUUCUCAGCUGUGUUUACUUCAUUGUUUUUGUUUUUGUUUUUUUUUUUAAAGUCUCAUUGUAUUGUUUUCAUUUUCACUGCCAAUUGACCCAUUUAAAAUGUCCACUAGAAAGUCAUCCAUCCCAAGCAAACUUUCAACACGCAUCCCUUUUAAAACCUUUUCAACCUUGCAGCCACUCUGUUCUAUUGAUGUGGUGGAGCUACCAUUUUUACCUUUUAUAUAUUACAGCAUUUGCAAAGGAUCCAUUUCAAACAUGUAUCACAAAGGUUCCUGAAGAUCAGGGAAAAAUUUUCUCCGGUCCCUUUCCAAAAAAAAAAACCUCUUCCCAAAUGGUGACAUCUGAUCUGUUCUAUAAUGACAAAUUUUAAUUUUUAAAUAAAGAUAGAAUUCAGAUUUUUCUGAAAAUUUGGAUGUGUAUAUGUAGAAGUCCAUAUAUACACAUGUACAUAUAUAUAACAUUUUGACUUAUAUUGAAGUCAUUAUAAAAGGUGUUAAGAAUUUUGCCAUUUUCUGGCUUAAAUUUUUGUGGCUUGUUAUAAAUAUUGGAAGAAAAAGAAUACAGUUUAAUUUUCUAAAACCGUGGCUGAACAGAACUUCAACAGAGAAUCUCUGCUUGCCUAACUGACAAAAGUUUCAAGUUGAAUUUGGAACUGUGUUGUGCUUUCAUGACUCUGGUAGAGGAAAACAGGCAAAUUUAAUGGCUGAUCUUGAAAUAUAAAAGUGUUGUAAUUUAGUAAUGCAGAAUAUUUUGUCGCAGUUUUUGUUUUAAUUCUUAACUUGCUGUUUUUUUUACCUUUAGUAGCAUAGAAAGAGUACUGCAUAGGAAUCUUCCAGUAGCGUACUGACUUUUGUAGGCAUCGGUCUUCUCCCAGCUGCCACCACCAAAGGGUGGAUCAAGUCCAGCCAGAAAGUGUGUAUCUAUUUUAACUUCAAUAUUAGUGUGCAGUCAGAGAGUGAAUGUAAAUUUACAAAUACCAUUUUUUGGGAUUUUUUUUUUUUUUAUUGGAAUGAACUUUUCAGUUGUGUUACAUGGUGUGUUAUGUCCUCCUAAGCAACAAGUUAGAUGUUAAUCAUACUUUCUACACCUGGGUACUUGGUUAGGGACUUUUUGCCCACUGCCAAGAUUUAAAGACAGGACUCUUAGGAGUGAAGUAAAAGCAUAUUGCUUACACCACUUUUGCCUAAUGCAAUAUUUUCUAUUCCCCAACCCCUAAUAACCAAAAGAGGAAAAAAAGAAAAAAAAAAAAAACAACAAAAACAAACCUGUGAUGCAUGAAAGCAAACUCGAGUUGCUGUAAUUCAACAAUAACACGCUUUUCCUUGUCAUUUUUGUGCGAGGAAUUAAAAUAGAAAUUGAGUACAUUAGUAUCUCUCAAACAAUAAUGAGGAUUCAUACGAGGUUUUAAGUGGUUAAACUAAAUAUACUUCACAGAAACAAAAGUUGCUCCCAUUUAAGGAGCUCAUGCUCCAGAUGUUUUAUCAGUAGCUCCUACUUUUUUUUUUUAAUUCUAGGAGCAAUAUGCAGGUGUAGUUUUACUAUUUUAUACAUAUAUGUAUUUAAAUUUUAUUACUGAAAGAUAACAUUUUUAUAAAUGUGUUUGUGUUCCAAAGGCAUUAAAAUAAGGAUGUAUUAAUAAGGAAAAUACCUUUUGAAAUUCUACAAAUUGCUCCUAGAUUUUGGGUUUAGGAGCUUGUUAUCUCAAAGUGGGCUUUUAGCUCUGCUUCAUGACUGCUUCCUCUGGUUUCUAUGAAACAGAUCGCUUGCUUACUUACAUCUUUAGUUGAAUGAUUUGUUCAAUAUUGCUUUUUUUUUUUUUUUUU